GAUAUAACAAACGAACUCAAGAGAACAGAGAGCAGAAUGAUUUCCAAAUAUUUGGCGGUCCAUUGUAUGAAGCUCAACAACCUGAUGUAGAGAAUCAAACUGCAACGGAGUCCAUCAAUGAUUAUGAGCCCAGCCCUCAUUCUGACCAUGAGCACCAGAACAGCCACCACUUUGAGAGGAGAGACCCUUAUGCUGUAAAUGAAGGCGUUCCUCACCCUGAAUCAUCUUACGCUCACUACGGGCUCCUGCCGAUCUUGAAAGAAGCUGUGAUGUCUCAGCUGCAGCCUGUGUUGGAGAAUUUCAAUCUAACCCUGGAACGGCUCUUUCAGGAGGUGCAGGGUUUGCAGCGGGACAUGGCCGAACUCCGACAUGAUCAGGGGCAGGGAAGGGUCGCUGAGCCUCUAGAGGUUGGUGGUGAGGAGCACAAUCUACAGGAGGCUGUUGAGGAUAAGGUGAGGGAGAGUUUACAGAAACUGGAGGAGGUCAAAUCUCAGUUUCACAACCAUCGCCAUGAGGUAGAAGAGAGGCUCCACGCACAGAAAACCAUGCUGCACUACAACCUAACAAACUUCAAGAUGGACAUAGACGUCAAAAUCAAACGUCACCAAAAGAUGUUGCAGGUAAAUCUCCAGUCUCUGAACACAUCAAUGUCUGAAGUGAUACAGGAGCAAGAGAGGCUGGACGAGGAAUUUCAGAAGAUUCGGCCUGAAAAUAAGGUCGAUUCCACACAGAGUCAGUCUCAUGAUAGCACAGCUGUAUGGGAGGCCAUCACGCGUCUGGACAACAAAGUCAUAAACGACACAGUUAGACUUAGUACCUUGAUUGAAGGCCACGAACAAGUGACUGCAAACAUCAAGAACCUCCAGGAUAGUUGGUCAGAUCUGGACAACAAAAUAGUCCAGACUGGCCGCAACAGCCAGGUUCAGUUUAUGGAGACUGGUUUGGAGGUGGAGGCAGCGAAGGUAGCAGUACUUGACCGUAUUAAUGAGCUGAGCAGCAACAUCAGUGUUCUCCAGAGUGCCCUGCAGGAGAUGGAAACUGAUGUCGAUUAUCUUUAUACAGAGUAUUAUAAGAAUAUAAGUUCAGCAAGUGGGGAAUGUGACUGUAUCGCUCUUGGAGUAUCUGUGACCCAGUUGGAACAAAGUGUAGCUAAUGUGAUGGAGAUAGUGAAUGAAAACAAGCUGGCCCGGGAGCGUGAGGCACAGGAGAUGUUAGACAAUCGGGACAAUGGUGCUUGGGUUCCAUCCGUGGAAGAUCUCAAACUAGGGUUAUUGAAUGUGCAACGGUCCCUUGCUUUUGAGCAGGAAAAGAGCAGAAUGUUACAGCACAAUGUGACCCAGCUCCAGGCCUCUUUCCAGGACAACAAGCAGGACAUUGAAACACUCCAGGAGCUGGACAGGACCAAGGUCGAGAAGAUUGAGCACUUACAUAGCAUUUUUAACACCUUGCUUCAGGAUGCGGUUCGUCACUCUGAGGUGCUAGAGAUUUUGCUUGGGGAAGAGGUGCUGGAGUUCAUGGAGUGGUCUCACCAAGACCAGAGACGUUACUCUAUACCAGAAUUGAGGGAAAGCAUUAGAACCAUGCAAGAGCAGAUCAAUGGACACAGCCUCAGCUUAGCCUCAAUGGUGAACUCUGCUACCCCUCAGGUGACAGCAGCAGAUGAGCCCUCUGUGCUUGCAGACUGGGCCUCGGUGGGCGUCAAAAGGAGACGUGGGGAUGAAAAAUUUGACCUUUCCGAGGAACAGCCAGAGUACUCUGAUGAUGACUUCUGGACUUUAGAGAAAACGGUAAAAGAGCUUGAAGCUCACAUCAAACGGCUUGAGGAAUAUCGUUGUCCUUCUUGCUGCAACUGCAAUAAAACUGCUGCCGCUGGUGGUGUGGAGGUGGAACUGCAGGCUGAGGUGGAUACUUUGCGUAAGGACCUAGAGACCCACCUUGGAGUUUUUAACGCCAUUUUCAGUAACACAGAGGGACUUGCUGACUCUGAGGUGUCGGUGGAUAUGGAUAAAUUGUCAGCUUUGAUUAAGAAAAAGGAAGCAAAGCAACAAAACAAGAAACAAAAGAAGAGAGCAGACAGGGGGGAUCGAGUGAAUUUCCGCAGCAAGAGAGAUGCAUCACUGGAGUAUGCAGUGCUUCGUCAACUCCCAGAUAGUCCAAUUAUGUUCCUGGCCAGCAGUACAGAAGGUUCUAACGGAUCUGGCACAAUCCUUUUUGAAAGCGUGGCCCUAAAUCAUGGACAGUUAUACUCACCAAAAACAGGCACAUUCCGUGCUCCUACUUCUGGUGCCUAUCUCUUUGUGGUGACACUGGACUUUGGACCAGGCCCAGCUCUGGCUCAAUUAAAGAGAGGUGGAGAGGUAGCUGCCUCCUUACGGCAGAACCCAAGGAAGUUGGGUGCACCUGCAACACGUGUCUGUAUCCUGCAGAUGGACCAAGGAGAGGAACUCCGUCUUGACCUGGUGCAGGGAACCAUAGAGCGCAACAACCCGCAAGAUAACACAUUUGCUGGCCUACUAAUGCUGCAGACCACCUGAGAACAAGCAACACUCUAAAGGUGCAAAAAGACUGAAAGAACCUUUUUUUAGUUGCACUGCCCACCAUUUACAUUUUUUCUUUCAGGAUCUGAGAGACUUAAACAACAGCUCAUGUAGUUAUUAAUAGGGGCAGGUUAUUGAGACAUUGAGCAUUGUUUGCAAGUACUAAGAUUUAGAUGAUGUGGCCCUGUUUGGUGGGAUAUCAGAACUCUUACAUUUGGCUUCAAUGUGACAACUACAUUAUAUUCCUCACAUACUCUGUGCCCUAAAUAGAUUACAAGAUAUUGUACAUUUUCUGUAAAAUAUAAGACACAUCAAAACCACAGAUAACAAUUGCGUACUAAAAUUAUAUUUUUUAAAA